AUGCUGGCGGAUGUGAUCCACCCAGACCAGACCUACACCGUCCCGGGCCACACCAUCUUUGACAACUUGUAUCUGGUCCGGGACCUCUUGAAACUCGGGAAUCGUUCUCUGCCGGAGUUGGACAGCCAUUGGAAGGCCAUUGAGGAAGUCGACUCAGUGGCUUUAAGGUGGGCUGCAGAGGUGCCUCAAGGGGAGACAAGAAGGGUGAUGAACCGGCUUGCCAAAUCGUUCACGGACAUUGACUUUAUGAGGAUGCUGAACAGUGCCCUGGUGGAAGAUCCCGUAUCCUUCAGCAACAACUCCUUCACGCAUGCAGAGACCUUCAUCUACAAAUACACCCGCUCCAAGCUGCACACAGUCCAAGACGAGGAACACAAGAGUUUUGUCCUGUGGCGUCACACCGGCCAGGCCCAGCUGAUGGCGGUGCAUUUACAAGGCCCCAAUAGCAGUGAAGCAGUGAAAUUAAACCUGGAUUUAUAUCGCUCCCCACACAUCUCCCCAAAGCGCAUCAGUCCUGUUACUAUGAACAUUGUGGAAAGCAACGCUGCGGAAAACAAUCUGUAUCUGUGCUGUGUGAAGGAUAAAGGCAGCCCUGUGCUGCAGCUGGAGAAGGUGAAGGGGCCUAUGAAAGACAUCAGGACCAAGGAUCAGGAGUGUUUCAUCUUUUUCAAGACCAUUUCUGGUUCCACUUGCAGCUUUGAAUCAGCUGCCCAUCCAGGCUGGUUCCUCAGUACCUCAAAACUGAACGACAAACCUGUCAGGAUGGUGAAUCAAACCGGAGAGCGGGCCAUCACUGAUUUUUAUUUGGUUGAAAUCUAA